CCUAAGUAUUUAGUAGACCAUUUAAUUUGUAAGUUGCUUACAUGAAAAACGAUCGUCUACAUUUAACGUCAUAAUAGCAUUGUCAGCAUAUAUCCCGGUUUGAGUUUGUGUCUAAGGACCUAAUUGUCUGAAUAACUUACUCAUCCCCUCUAUCUAUACACAGGAGGCUUCCUCGGCGGACAAUGGCUCCGUCAAUUCCAUCGGUCAUCGCUAGGCCUCUCACCCGCGGUGCCGAUAUAGUUCGCGGAACUAUAGGAGGCUUGACUUGGGGUCCGGCCUUGGCUGUUGCCAAACCGGCCAUUCUCUCAGUCUUCUCCAAGAUCGCAGUCGGCACAUUGUUAUUAGUUGAUGAACCGGCAGGAACUAGACUGGUGUACGGACAAAGGCUCACUUCUAAAAGCGCGGAGUCAACGAAUGGAGAUUACUCGAUCAGGAGAGCUGACACUAUUCCUCGGGUGGAAAUCAGAGUGAAAGAUGACGCCUUCUGGAUGAGGUUGCUUUUAUUCGCCGAUAUGGGGUUUGCGGAAUCCUAUAUGCUAGGUGAAUUCGAAUGUGCCGACUUGACGGCCUUCUUCCAACUCUUCAUCGUGAACCGAGAUCAGUUGAGCAACGGAACCACAUUGUUCUCUUCGAUUUCCGGCGCGAUCUCAAGUGUUGCGCGGACUACAAAUACCUUAUCCAACGCGCUCUUGAACAUCUCUGCACACUAUGAUAUCAGUAAUGACAUGUUUGCGGCAUUUCUCUCAGAAGACAUGACUUAUUCAUGUCCAAUUUGGCAGCCACGACUCUCUUAUGCCGAGCCGGAGGAGACUCUCAUGGCGGCACAAAUCACCAAACUCAACAGGUUCAUCGAUGGCACCAGAUUGAAGCCAAUUGACCAUGUUUUGGAGAUCGGAACAGGCUGGGGGUCUUUUGCUAUCCAGGCAGUGAGGAGGACAGGGUGUCGAGUGACAAGUCUAACGCUUUCAAAGGAGCAGAAGGCACUAGCAGAAGAACGAAUCAGAGAAGCAGGAUUUUCGAGCCGGAUAGACGUUCAACUUUUAGACUACCGAAAUUUGCCGGAGACGGCAACAUACGACAAGAUUGUCUCAAUCGAGAUGCUAGAGGCAGUCGGCCAAGAGUACUUGGGUACUUACUUUGCGUGCAUCGAUCGAUUGCUGAAGAAGAAAGGCGGUAUCGCUAUGUUCCAGUGCAUCACGAUGCCAGAGGGGAGGCAUGAGGCUUACUCCAAAUCCGAAGACUUCAUAAACAAACACAUAUUCCCCGGUGGAUACCUACCUUCUAUUACUCAGUUGCUUAAUCACAUCUCAAAGGAGUCUCAGGGUACACUGAUCGUGGAAAAGGUUGAGAAUAUUGGUGGUCAUUAUGCCAAGACCCUACGACUGUGGAAGGAGAACUUUCUGAUGAACUUCGAGUCCAAGAUCAGGCCAGCGCUAAAGGAGGAACAUCCGCAGAUGACUCAGCGGGAGAUCGACGUGUUUAGGAGGAAGUGGGAGUAUUAUUUUACGUACUGCGAAGCUGGAUUUGUCACGAAAACGUUGGGCGACGUUAUUAUUACGGUCGGAAGAGAAGGCGCUCUGGAGUUGAUGGAAGAUAUCCCACUUUGAUCAAGCCGACGAUUGGUUUUAAAGGAUGUGUAGAAGGGCGUUGCCUCUUUACUAUAUAUAGGCCAAGCCCACGUUUCUCACGACUGCAUGGAGCGGAGCGUAUCUAGCUUAGGAAAGGGGUAUCUUGAAAUUAUGAGAC